GACGCACGCAGACCGUAGUGCGGUGUGUCUGUUUCAGUCUGGAUAGCUUUUCAGUGUACUUUUCGUGGAUGUUUGCACAUAUUCUCUUUCAAAAUAUUUUCCUGCUUUAAUUGAGGUUGUUCAGCGUAUGGUGAAAAGAGGAUAUAACUGUGAAGGAUCAGAACAACUACAAGAUGCCUUUUUCAAGAGGAAAGAAGCGAACCACCAGUAAAAUCCCCAAAUUUAACCCCAAAGGACUGGAGAACCAGCAGGAUGGCCCUCAGACCAAGCGCUCAUCUUCUUCUCCCCACGGGGCCCGUAAGAAAAGAACUGCUUUUGUGGACAUCACCAAUGCGCACAAGAUAAGCAACCCCAUCAAGAAGAAAGAUCCUGUCAAAAAACUGCAGAAGAAGGUCUCAGUACUUUCUAAGAAUGAUGUCAGCUUAAAAUCUGUGAUAAAUUCAGAGGAAAAGUUAGAGGAAUUGAAGAACGUGGAAUGCAAUAUUGAGAAACUGGAAGAACCUUCUUUCAAAGCUCCAAUUCCUCCACACCUACUGCCUCCAGAGAUUCCUCCUGAGUUUGACAUUGAUUCAGAGCACCUCAGUGACUCUACACAUACAGUGGAGUACGCUAAAGAUAUUUUUGACUACCUCAAGAGCAGAGAGGAAACAUUUGUCUUGCAUGACUACAUGGCUGAUCAGCCAAAUCUAAACAGCAAUAUGAGAGCGAUUCUGGUGGACUGGCUGGUUGAGGUCCAGGAGAAUUUCGAGCUGAAUCAUGAGACUCUGUACCUUGCUGUGAAAAUGACGGAUCAUUAUCUGGCAGUGAGCCAGGCCAAGCGGGAGUCUUUACAGCUCAUUGGUUCCACUGCCAUGCUCAUUGCUUCUAAGUUUGAGGAGCGAGCUCCACCUUGCUUGGAUGAUUUCUUAUAUAUUUGUGAUGAUGCCUACAAGCGUUCUCAGCUCAUCGCCAUGGAAAUCAGCAUCCUGCAGGCGCUGAACUUUGACAUCAAUAUUCCGGUUCCAUACCGCUUCCUCCGUCGCUAUGCCAAGUGUGUGAAUGCAGGUAUGGACACACUGACUCUGGCGCGCUUUAUUUGUGAGCUGAGUUUGCUGGAGAUGGAGUUUGUGCCUGUGAGAGCAUCUUUGCUCGCCUCUGCCUGUCUGCUCAUCGCUCUGGUUACUAAGGAUCUUGGAGGAUGGACACAGUGCUUGAAGUUCCACUCUGGAUACAGUGUGGAGGAUCUGGCACCCGUGGUCAGAAAACUUCAUGAUAUGCUCAUCAGCCCGCCGGACAGUAAACUCGCCGUCGUCAGGAGCAAGUAUGCACACAAGGUUUUCUUUGAAGUUGCAUUGAUGCCCACAGUGAGUCUGGAAACGUUGGAGAGGUUUUUGAAAUGACCCGAAAGAAUAUGUGUAAUGUUUCGAAACGUUGUAAAUAAUUAUACUUAAUGUUAUAUUUUAAUCUUUUGAAAUAAAGUGUUUAUGUGUGUAAA